AUGCGGACCCACCUGUACUCUACCUUCGUGGACCUGACGAAAGCCUUCGACACGGUGAAUCGUGAAGGACUGUGGAAGAUCAUGCAGAAAUUCGGCUGUCCGGAGCGAUUCACUCAGAUGGUGCGUCAGCUGCACGACGGUAUGAUGGCGCGAGUCACGGACAACGGAGCUGUCUCAGAGGCAUUCGCAGUGACCAACGGAGUGAAGCAGGGAUGCGUGCUGGCGCCUACCCUCUUCAGUCUUAUGUUCUCUGCCAUGUUGAUGGACGCCUACCGCGACGAACGCCCCGGGAUCCGCAUCGCCUACAGGACGGACGGUCACCUCCUGAAUCAACGACGGAUGCGCUUCCAAUCGCGAGUGUCCUCAACAAACGUUCAAGAACUCCUCUUCGCCGACGACUGCGCCCUGAACACCACUUUGGAAGAGUGGAUGCAACGGAGCAUGGACCUGUUCUCCGCCGACUGA